AUUAGUUCCUAGCUAAAAACAUAACAUAAUUCUGUGUCUUCUUCACCUUAUUUUCUCACUCCAAAAAAAAUCAAUCAUCAAAAGAUGACGAUUAGAUUCGUGUUAAUGGUGAACAAACAAGGCCAAACUCGUCUAGCCCAGUACUACGAAUACCUAACUAUCGAACAACGCCGUGCACUUGAGGGUGAAAUUGUGCGCAAAUGUCUUGCUCGUAAUGAGCAGCAGUGUUCGUUUGUGGAGCAUCGCAACUACAAGAUUGUGUAUAGGCGCUAUGCAUCACUUUUUUUCUUGGUUGGAGUUGACAACGAUGAGAAUGAGCUAGCAAUUUUGGAGUUCAUUCAUUUAUUGGUUGAAACCAUGGAUCGCCACUUUGGCAAUGUGUGUGAGCUCGAUAUCAUGUUCCAUCUAGAGAAAGCACAUUUCAUGUUAGAAGAGAUGGUGAUGAAUGGAUGUAUCAUCGAGACCAACAAGUCGAACAUUUUGGCCCCUAUACAAUUGAUGGAUAAAGCAUCUUGAUUAAUGUACCUAUUUAGGCAUACUGUAUAUGUUAAUAUUCUUGUUAAUCAAGGGCACUGCCCCUUUUUUCUUUUAUAAAAAUUCUAUUGUAUGUUUGGAUUCGAAUCAAGAAUUGUUGUUAAUGUCACUUAUUUUGUUACUGAAAGCCUGUUUGAUUCAAGAAUGUGCGAGGAAAAUGUUUCUU